GUUUUCACUUCCGGCGCCGCCAUGUUGGGGAGGUCGGCGGGGCGACUGGCGGGGGUCGUGGCGCUGGUCACGGGGGGCGCCAGCGGCAUCGGCCGCGCCGUGAGCGGCCGCCUGGCCCGCGAGGGCGCGCGCGUGGCCGUGGCCGAUCGCGACAUGUCGGGGGCGGCGGCGACAGCGAAAGGGCUCCCCCGGAACUGCCCCCCCGACCACGGAGCUUUCCAGGUGGAUGUGGCCGAUCCCAAAAGCGUCGCCGGGAUGGUGAGGGGGGUGCAGGAGCACUUUGGGGUUCCCCCCGUGUCCUGGUGUCCUGUGCCGGGAUCACCCGCGACCGGAUGUUCCUGGAGAUGGGAGAGCGGGAAUUCCGGGAAGUGCUGGGGGUGAACUUGGAGGUGAGAGGGGACACUGGGGACAUUGG